AGCUCCAAUGUAAACAGAGCAGGCAGGGGCCCUGAUUCACGGGCCGCUGGGGCCAGGGUUGGGGGUUGGGGGUGCCCACAGGGCUUGGCUAGUGGGGUUUUGGGGGGGCAGUGGGUGCAAGGAGUUUGGUUUGUGUCUGCCGGCUGGCAGGCAAACGCAACCCACGCGGUGGGGGAGGCUGCUAGCGUGGUGGACCCAGGCCGCGUGGCCCUGUGGCAGCCGAGCCAUGGUUUCUAAACUGAGCCAGCUGCAGACGGAGCUCCUGGCGGCCCUGCUCGAGUCAGGGCUGAGCAAAGAGACACUGAUCCAGGCACUGGGUGAGCCGGGGCCCUACCUCCUGGCUGGAGAAGGCCCCCUGGACAAGGGGGAGUCCUGCAGCGGCGGUCGAGGGGAUCUGGCUGAGCUGCCCAAUGGGCUAGGGGAGACUCGGGGCUCCGAGGAUGAGACGGACGACGAUGGGGAAGACUUCACGCCACCCAUCCUCAAAGAGCUGGAGAACCUCAGCCCUGAGGAGGCGGCCCACCAGAAAGCCGUGGUGGAGACCCUUCUGCAGGAGGACCCGUGGCGUGUGGCAAAGAUGGUCAAGUCCUACCUGCAGCAGCACAACAUCCCACAGCGGGAGGUGGUCGACACCACUGGCCUCAACCAGUCCCACCUGUCCCAACACCUCAACAAGGGCACUCCCAUGAAGACGCAGAAGAGGGCUGCCCUGUACACCUGGUACGUCCGCAAGCAGCGAGAGGUGGCGCAGCAGUUCACCCAUGCAGGGCAGGGAGGGCUGAUUGAAGAGCCCACAGGUGAUGAGCUACCAACCAAGAAGGGGCGGAGGAACCGUUUCAAGUGGGGCCCAGCAUCCCAGCAGAUCCUGUUCCAGGCCUAUGAGAGGCAGAAGAACCCCAGCAAGGAAGAGCGAGAGACGCUGGUGGAGGAGUGCAAUAGGGCAGAAUGUAUCCAGAGGGGGGUGUCCCCAUCACAGGCACAGGGACUGGGCUCCAACCUCGUCACAGAGGUGCGUGUCUACAACUGGUUUGCCAACCGGCGCAAAGAAGAAGCCUUCCGGCACAAGCUGGCCAUGGACACAUACAGCGGGCCCCCACCAGGGCCAGGCCCGGGACCUGCGCUGCCCGCUCACAGCUCCCCUGGCCUGCCCCCACCUGCCCUCUCCCCCAGUAAGGUCCACGGUGUGCGCUAUGGACAGCCUGCAACCAGUGAGACUGCAGAAGUGCCCUCAAGCAGCGGUGGUCCCUUAGUGACAGUGUCUACACCCCUGCACCAAGUGUCCCCCACAGGCCUGGAGCCCAGCCACAGCCUGCUGAGCACAGAAGCCAAGCUGGUCUCAGCAGCUGGGGGCCCCCUCCCCCCUGUCAGCACCCUGACAGCACUGCACAGCUUGGAGCAGACAUCCCCAGGCCUCAACCAGCAGCCCCAGAACCUUAUCAUGGCCUCACUUCCUGGGGUCAUGACCAUCGGGCCUGGUGAGCCUGCCUCCCUGGGUCCUACGUUCACCAACACAGGUGCCUCCACCCUGGUCAUCGGCCUGGCCUCCACGCAGGCACAGAGUGUACCAGUCAUCAACAGCAUGGGCAGCAGCCUGACCACCCUGCAGCCCGUCCAGUUCUCCCAGCCGCUGCACCCCUCCUACCAGCAGCCACUCAUGCCACCUGUGCAGAGCCAUGUGACCCAGAGCCCCUUCAUGGCCACCAUGGCUCAGCUGCAGAGCCCCCACGCCCUCUACAGCCACAAGCCCGAGGUGGCCCAGUACACCCACACGGGCCUGCUCCCGCAGACUAUGCUCAUCACCGACACCACCAACCUGAGCGCCCUGGCCAGCCUCACGCCCACCAAGCAGGAGGCUGCUCUGCUCCCCCAGGUCUUCACCUCAGACACUGAGGCCUCCAGUGAGUCUGGGCUUCACACGCCGGCCUCUCAGGCCACCACCCUCCACGUCCCCAGCCAGGACCCUGCCGGCAUCCAGCACCUGCAGCCGGCCCACCGGCUCAGCGCCAGCCCCACGGUGUCCUCCAGCAGCCUGGUGCUGUACCAGAGCUCAGACUCCAGCAACGGCCACAGCCACCUGCUGCCGUCCAACCACAGCGUCAUUGAGACCUUCAUCUCCACGCAGAUGGCCUCUUCCUCCCAGUAACCACGGCAUCUGGGCCCCACUGCCUGCUUGGGGGGGUGAUAAGGGCAGCAGCCAGCCCUGCCUGGAGGACCUGAGCCUGCCAAGCUCCUGUGGCCCUUCCUGGACAGCUGUACCUUGCUCCCCACUCUGCUCUGAUGCAUCAGAAAGGGAGGGCUCUGAGGCGCCCCAACCAAUGGAGGGCUGCUCGGGUUGCACAGGAGGGGGUCGUGGAGAGCUAAGAGCAAAGCCUGUUCCUGGCAGAUGUAGGAGGGACUGUCACUGCUGCAUGGGAUACAGUCUUCUCACUUGGAACAGAAGAGGGCGGCCUAUGACUUGGGCACCCCCAGCCUGGGCCUGUGGAGAGCCCUGGGACCGCUACACCACUCUGGCAGCCACACUUCUCAGGACACAGGCCUGUGUAGCUGUGACCUGCUGAGCUCUGAGAGGCCCCGGAUCAGCGUAGCCUUGUUCUGUCACCAAUGCACCCACCGGGCCACUCCAUCCUGCCCCAACUCCUUCCAGCUAGUAAUCCACAUGCCAUUUGUACUGACCCCAUCACCUACCCACACAGGCACUUCCUGGGUGGCUACUCUGUGCCAGGGCCUGGGACUCCAAUGCCUGAGCCCAGGGAGGCCAAAGCUAACAGGGAAGGCAGGCAGGGCUCUCCCGGCUUCCCCUGUCCCCAGCGAUUCCCUCUCCCAGGCCCCAUGACCUCCAGCUUUCCUGUAUUUGUUCCCAAGAGCAUCACACCUCUGAGACCAGCCUGGCCUCUUGCCUCUACUGGGAAGGCUGCUUCAGGGCUGGGAAGUCGGCCUUACUCCUGUGGGAGCCUUGCGACCGUGCUAAGUCCAGGUCCUGGUGGGGCAGCUCCUCUGUCUCGAGGGCCCUGCAGACCCUGCCCUUGUUUGGGGCAGGAGUAGCUGAGCUCAGAAGGCAGCAAGGCCCGAACAGCUGAGCAAGGCCCGAGCAGCUGGCCAAGCUGAGGUGCCCAGGAGAAGAGGUGACCCCAGGGCACAGAAGCUACCUGUGUGGACACGGCUAACACUCAGAAGCCUGGGGGCCUGGCUGGCUGAGGGCAGUUCGCAGCCACCCUGAGGAGUCUGAGGUCCUGAGCACCGCCAGGAGGGACAAAGGAGCCAGUGAACCCAGGGCAAGCAUGGUCCCACAUCCCUGGGCCUGCUGCUGAGAACCUGGCCGUCAGUGCACCGCGUCCACCCUGGGAUUCGGGAAAAGGCCUGGGGUGACCCGGCACCCCCUACAGCUUGUAGCCCGCUGGGGCGAGUGGCACGUUUAUUUAACUUUUAGUAAAGUCAGGGAGAAAUGCGGUGGAAA